AUGCGUAUUUUUGUGAAGACUAUGACAGGGAAGACCAUCUCACUGAUGGCAGAGAGCUUGGAGACUAUUGGUAGCCUGAAGGAAAAGAUUUAUAUCAAAGAGGGGAUUCAUCAGCUUCAUCAGCGUUUGAUCGUUGUUGACAAGGAACUCAAAGACUGUACAACUUUGGCUGAUUGUAACAUCCAAGUCAAGUCUACAUUACACCUGGUUUUGAGGAUGCGUGGUGGUGGUAUUCAGAUUUUCAUUAAGAGAUUGGCAGGGAAGACCAUCGAGCAGAUUGUGUGCACCUCGUUGACUAUUGGUAAAUUGAAGGAAAGGAUUCAGUACGCCGAGGGGAUUCCAAAGCAUCAGCAGCGUUUGAUGAUUGUUGGAGAGAACAUGGAAGAUGAUUUCAGGUCUUAUUUCUGUUUCAUGAUUGAUUGUUGGGUCACUACCAUAAAAUGGCUAAUGCUAAGGGUGUGUUUGGUAUGA